UAUAUUAUAAUUGUCUACAUAAAAAUGCAUUCGAUAGAGAAUAUCUACGAAUAUCCAUGAAUAUCUAUGAUCCGUGAAUACCUAACAGUCUCUAUGAAUACCUAUGAAUUUCUAUCAAUUUCUAUCACUAUCUAUCAAUACCUAACAAUAUCUUUAACUAUGGAGGCUCCUAACCUGUAAAACACAACCUGCAAAACAGCACCAACUUUUUUGUUUUUCUGAUGAAAUGUUCAACGCGACGAAAUGGAUUAACAAAUAAGUACAACAAGACCUCACAACUUAACUGUGGUAUUUGUUUUUCUGGUUCUCGUGAUACAUUUACUUAGUGAAUUAAUUGGAAAAAAAUGGUUAAGACAGAGUCAACAAACUCGAGCGGUAUCGAAGAUUACUUCCCCAAAUUAUUACCCGAUUUAUUCAAUGUAUACCAACUGGCAGAUAAAGAAACUCAAAUUCUUAAUACGGUUGAACUUCCUAAAGAUUUUUAUGAAGGAGAUGCAUCAUUAAUUAUUUCAUCUUAUCAUGAAUAUCUUAAGAAUCAUAAAUCAAUUAAGUAUACAAGUAUAAUUGAAAAAUUUAAUAAUAAUGAUCCUGAUUAUAUUACUUCUCCUUAUAGACUAUAUCAUGAUAUUAAAAUUAUAUCAGCCAUUAAGAUUAGUAAAUAUUCUUUAGGUACUAAACCAUAUAAUGAUAUUGAUUUCUUUUAUAAAUUCACUACAGAAUUAUUAUUAAGAGAAUUAAGUAAAUAUAAUUUUGAAUUAGAUCAACCAACCGAAUAUCAUAAAUCAGAGUUAGAAUCUCAAUUAAGCGAAGAUUUCUCAAAAAUAUUAACUACUUAUAAUUUAAAUAAUGGUGAAAUAAUUACUUAUAUUUCUAAAACUGAAGAACCAGAACCUCAAUCAACUUUUGCACCUUAUUAUAAUCAAAAUCAAAAUCAACAACCUACAAAGACAACCAUUCAACCAUUAUUUUCAUCUUUAAUUAAUAGAUCUGAAUUAGAUACAAAUGUUCCUGUAGUUCCUGAACAUUAUUCUAUUUCAAAAGUUGUUCCAACUAAUAAAGAUUCAGUUAGAAAUAUUUCAACUUUAGAUGGAUUAUCUGCUGUUAAUACUAAAAUACCUACACCUUUAGAUCUGCAAUCUACUGAAAUUUUAAGUGAUUUCUUUCAUCCAAUAUGGUAUACUUUACCAGUACCAACUUGGCUUAAUUAUACAUCUCAUGUUGCUAAACCACCAAGUCUGUUAACAUCCCAACAUACAUCAUUUAAAGUUCAUGCACCAUCAGCAUCUAAUCAAGCAUCUGGAUCAAAUGAAAACCCCAAAUUAAGUAUCCUUCAAAAUAGAGGACUGAAUUCUGAUAAUACAUCAACUACAGUUACUUAUGUAAGUACUACUGGAGAUAGUUUUAGAAGUUUUGCUCCUCAAGUUGAUCUGAAAGAUACAAUAAUUUCCGAUGAAUUCAAAGGAAAGAUAUGGUUAAGUCAUAUUGGUUAUGAACAAAUACAAUUGAUUAAAGAAAAAUUUUUAAAUUCAAAGAAAGAAGAUGACAUAGAUGAAGAUGAAGAAGAUGAUGAAGAAGAUGAGGAUGACGAAGAUGAAGAACCUGAAGAUCUGGUUGAAGAUAUUGAAGUUGAUGUUGAUGAAGAUGGUGAACAAGUUAAAGUAGUACCAGAAACUAUAGAAGAAGUAGAAAGUGAAAGUGUUCCUAAACAAAUUAAUAUUGCUAAUCUUAUAAAUUGGGAUCCAGAAAGACAAGCAGAAUUUGAUUCUAUUAAAAAGGCUAAAGAAGAUAUAAUAAAGUCUCCCAAGGCCUUACAAAGAAUCAUAUCAACCACUUUAUUAAGAUUGAAUAAGUUAAGACAAGAAAGAUAUUUUUCAAGUGAUAAUAGAAAUGUUUUAGCUCCAAGUAAUGAAGAAAUUAGACUUUAUAAUAAAGCCAUUAAAUUAAUAAGUCUAGGAGUUCAAAUUUAUAAACUUAAACCUCAAGAUUUAACAAGUAAGUUGAGCUUUAGUUCAAAGAUUCCUGUAUUAAUUUCUGAAUAUAAUGGAGUUUUACCAGGAGUUCCUCCUACUAGACUUGGAACUGGAACUAUUAGUAAUGUAAGUAAGAGUUCAUCAUCUAAUAGAUUACCCAAUUUAAGAACUAAUACUUAUAAGAAAAAGAGAUAUUAGUACUUGUGUUAUGUAUUAUAAGAAUUAAAUUAAA